AUGAUGGAUGAAUUCAAUGAACCAUACAUUAAAGAUAUAUUUGUAUUAGUAACUGGUGGUGAUCUAAAUGAAGGUAUUAAUAUUCGACAAGCAUGUUUUAAUAUAUUUAACAAUCUAGUUGAUAUUAAUGAUGAAGAUUUUGUCAAUAAUGAUCUUUUAUAUCUCUAUCAACAACUAAAAAAUCGAAUAAUAAUAAUCAAACCCGUACUAAUGAUACCUGAAAGUGAAGAAGAAUCUGAUGACGAUGAAGUUGAGAAUACUGAUGAUUAUCCCAGUCUAUGGAUCAAUUAUUGUUCUCAAUUGAAAAUUGCUUCAAUGGGAAUUUUUUGGGCAUCUGUUUCUGGAAAGUUUAACAUUGCAAUAACAAAUCUCAAUAGAUCAUGUACACCUGAAGAACUUGAACAAUUUAAUAGAGCACUUUCAUUUAUUCCAGAUGAUGUUGUAUUUGAAUUAUCAGAAUCAAUCACAGAAUCUUCAAUAUCAGCAACAACAACUGAAACAGAAAUUGUAUUACCAACUGACGAACAAGAAAGUGUUAUGAAUACAAAUACAACUGUACCUCCGACAAGUCUUUCACUUGGUCGAGUUAAUAAUGUAUCAUUAAAAGAAGUAAAUAAAUAUGAAAAAGAAGAAUCAGCAGUAAUUGCAACUGAUACAGGAAAUGAUCUUAGUAAAAAAAAAAGUGAACUUGGACAUGAAGAUGAAACGAAAAAAAUAAAAUAA